AUGUCCAUGUCCAAGUUGGAAAUCUCGACCAUGAUGAUGCCCAUCGAGACACGUCCAAGCACUCCCCCAGCAUGCUACCGGUUUUAUCCGCGAUCGACGGGCUUUCAAUUCGCCCUCGACAUUGUUCACGGCGAGAACGUUCCCAACCAUCCAUACAUUCCAUUUCUUGGAACAUCACAGACCAGUCGCUUCUACAAAAUGUCCGCCCUCACUAAUAAGUUCCUCACCCUCAUCCCUGCCGCUCACCGCGUCCAUGUGACCUCUCCCAUCACCGUCGAGAAUGCCACCAGCGACGAAGCAGUAGUCCCUGUACUUCAAAAGACCCGACGAUCCAGCUCCAGCGCCUCUGCCGAAUCCAACUCGGCCGCUGAAGAACCUGCUCUGCCAACCGACAUUGUUGAAUCUCCUGUCGAGUCAGUCAAGCGCACACAAACCGAGCAAGUCGUCACCCACCAGUUUUUGAGGUUGGGUAACUAG